AUGUCAAGUAAAAGAGUCGAUGCUGAUGCAUCAGAUUUACUCGCUAGUUUAUCAAUAGAUAUAAAAGAAGAAGAAAAGACUAAGCCAGUUGAAAAAAAAAUUGCUGAGAAAAAAGAAGAUGCUAAAGACGAUGUUAAAUCAAAACCAGAAAAUACCACCACCGAAAAAUUAAAAGAUGAAGAUGAACAAUCAGAGUUUAAAGAUGAAUCAAUAAAAAGUGUGCCUACAACUACAGAUGUAUCCAUAAAAUCAGAGCAAGGGGAUUCAAAUUUGAUUAAAAAUUCGUACGAAGUUAAGGUUAAAUUGGCUGAUUUACAAGCUGAUCCAAAUUCACCAUUAUAUUCAGUUAAAUCAUUUGAAGAAUUAGGUUUAAAACCAGAAUUAUUGAAAGGACUUUAUGCAAUGAAAUUUAAUAAACCGUCUAAAAUUCAAGAAAAAGCAUUACCUUUAUUAUUAUCAGAUCCACCAAGAAAUAUGAUUGGACAGUCUCAAUCAGGUACUGGUAAAACAGCAGCAUUUUCAUUAACUAUGCUAUCAAGAGUUGAUGAAUCAGUAAAAUUACCACAAUGUAUAUGUUUGGCACCAACUAGAGAAUUGGCAAGACAAACUUUAGAAGUUAUUCAAACAAUGGGUAAAUUUACUGAAAUAACUACAAAAUUAGUAGUACCUGAUCCGAAUGAUAGAAGCAGAGCAAUUAGUGAACAAGUUAUAGUUGGUACUCCAGGUAUAGUUGUAGAUUUAGCGCGUAAAAGAAUAAUAAAUACUUCAAAAGUUAAAGUAUUUGUUUUAGAUGAAGCUGAUAAUAUGUUGGAAGCUCAAGGUUUGGGUGAUCAAUGUGUUAGAUUUAAAAAAUUUUUACCAAGAGACUGUCAAUUAGUUUUAUUUAGUGCUACUUUCCCAACUGAAGUUAGAAAAUAUGCUGAAAAAUUUGUUCCAAAUGCAAAUUCAUUAGAAUUAAAACAAGAAGAAUUAAAUGUUGAAGGUAUAAAACAAUUAUAUAUGGAUUGUGAUUCAGAAAAUCAUAAAUUUGAGGUUUUAUGUGAAUUAUAUGGUUUAUUAACAAUUGGCUCAUCAAUUAUAUUUGUUGAAAGAAAAGAAACUGCUAAUAUUUUAUAUGCAAAAAUGAAACAAGAAGGUCAUACAUGUUCUAUUUUACAUGGUGGUUUAGAUACAAGAGAAAGAGAUAGAUUAAUUGAUGAUUUCAGAGAAGGUAGGUCAAAAGUUUUAAUCACAACAAACGUUCUUGCAAGAGGUAUUGAUAUAGCAUCAGUUUCAAUGGUUGUUAACUAUGAUUUACCAACUGAUAAAAAUGGUAAUCCAGAUCCAUCAACUUAUUUACAUAGAAUUGGUAGAACUGGUAGAUUUGGUAGAGUUGGUGUAUCAAUUUCAUUUAUUCAUGAUAAAAGAUCAUACAAUAUAUUAAUGGCAAUAAAAGAAUAUUUUGGUGAUAUUGAGAUGACAAGAGUUCCUACAGACGAUUGGGAUGAAGUUGAAAAAAUUGUUAAAAAAGUAAUUAAAAGUUAA